GGACGUCCCUCACUGGCCUUCUUUAGGCCGCCGUUUUCGGUCCACACUAUGUUAACGGUGCUCCUCUUUUUCCUUCUUUCUCCUGUUUUAUUUUCACGAGCCAGCAAGCUAGAGGAUGGCAUUUAUUUUACUUUAGAAGACGAGAGAGUUUCUUUCUGUUCACGUUUUUUGAAUAUAUCACAUCAAGUUGGGUGCUCAUCCUUGCGCUCAGGAACGUACGGUACAAUCGAGCUUAUCUCGAAUCGCAGUGAGCUUGUCAAUCUGCUUGGGAGAAGAAGAGAGGACAAAGUUGUUAUUUUUAUGGACUACAGUUUAUUUAUUGACGAGAAUCUUCUGAGAGAAUGUAGAACGUCUGAAAUCGUCUCAGCCAUUGUUGUAUUUGCCCCCGAUUACUCGGAUCCGGACACUACGUCAAGUCUCAAUUUUUCGGAGAACUCCUUAUGUCCUAAUGGGCUCUACAGUUUUUAUAAUCUCUCCAGGGAAUGCAAUGAUCCUUAUAUAAUCAAUCCAAGUUCUUCGUCGUAUGCUUUGAUUGACUGGCCCUUCCCCGUUGUCCUUCUUAGAGAUAAUGAGGGCGAACUCAGACGAAAUUUGACUAUUUGCUAUGAGACUUUUAAUGUGAAGCCUAUAGAUGACACACGAUGUUCACUUGAAAUACGGAAUUUCAUGUCUGCGGUUGGAAGUUCAUCAUUGUGUGUCGAGCGGCAGCACCGAGUCCCAUUUACUCUAUUCGAG